AUGGAGUUACACUUGGUUAACCGGAAGCUCUCGCAAAUUGGAGAAUGGAUUGCCCUUUGGGGAGGAUGUAUCUUUGUGUUUGUUAUGAUAUUCUUAUGUUAUGCUGCUGCAGUGUUCGAAGCUUGUCCAGCUAAUGGUCAUGACUGUGAUACUGUCUUCUGGUUAGGCAACUUUUGCGUCGGACAGAUUCUUCUUAGUUUAGCUCUGUUUCAAUACUUCUCGCGGUUUAACUGCGUUUCACAUUGGCAACGGCAGUCCUGUGUAGCUGACUUGUGUCGUCAUAUAAAUGAAUUAGAAGAAGAACAUUCGGAAAAAGUGUUCGGAGAUCGCGGCAAGUAUUGCAUUGAUUGUAAUCGGGAAGCUCCUCUAAGGAGUCACCAUUGUCCUCUGUGCAAGAUUUGUGUAUUACGGAAAGAUCAUCACUGCUUUGUUACGGGUAAAUGUGUUGGUUUAGGAAAUCAAAGAUUCUUCAUGACCUUUCUGUUUUGGUGUGUUCUUGGACUAUCGUACUGUCUAUACGAGUUGACCUUAUAUAUUAGUAGCAUUAAUGAUGACUUAUUACCAUUUGGCUUCGUAAAGUUGAUUGGCCCUUUUGCGAUCGCAAGAUGGAUGCUGUCAUAUACGAGUUUAUUUGACGCUGCUAUGUGUUCUCUUUAUACCUUUGCUUGGGCUAGUCUAGUAGCGGCCGGUGGAUUCUUAGGAUUGCAGAUCUAUUACACAUGUUAUGGCUACACAAUGUAUGAAUAUCAUUCUGUUACUAUGCGUGAAGCAUUCGAUGGAGACGGGGUAUCCAUAUCAGAACGAUUUCGAUUAGUAUUCGGGAAGAAUUACUUGCUAAACUUCUUCUUUCCCAUGUUUUGGGAGAAACCACUGUUAACUCCAGAAAUAGCUAAUAAUUUGUUUCGCGUGAGAAGUAAACUUCUCUAG